GAAGAGGCGGGACUUCCCUCCCGGAAGUGACCCACGUGCUUCCGCCUUACCCUACCUGGUCGCACGGUGAGUUUCUAGUGUUUGCCCGAAGUUGGGGACACCGCGGGCAUUGUGACUGGCCCCAGGCCGUGGACUAGGAAGCCAGAAGGAGAUCUCUUCCACCGUGCAGGGCUGAGAUGGAUCCGCUCAGGGCCCAGCAGUUGGCUGCGGAGCUGGAGGUAGAGAUGAUGGCUGAUAUGUACAACAGAAUGACCAGUGCCUGCCACCGGAAGUGCGUGCCUCCCCACUACAAGGAAGCAGAACUGUCCAAGGGCGAGUCUGUGUGCCUGGACCGCUGUGUCUCCAAGUACCUCGACAUCCAUGAGCGGAUGGGCAAGAAGUUGACAGAGUUGUCUAUGCAGGAUGAAGAGCUGAUGAAGAGGGUGCAGCAGAGCUCUGGGCCCGUGUGAGGCCCCAGACAGCAUACACCCCAAGGUGUGCCCUGCCCCUUCCCACUUGUCUAAUAAAAGUGCCCCCAUUGGGUGUCAUCUGUGAAGACUGCUGGGCCUCGGCUCCCUCGGGAGAGCCUCCAGGAGCCCAGAAUAUGGUAGAGCUACUUUCCUGGUUGAAGAAGGGGUAUUUGUCCCACUGCGAUGUGCCUGUGUAUGUACAUGUACGUGUGUGUAUAUAUAUAUAUUAAAACAGGUUUCUUGAUGCCUACUACA